AUGGUGUCGUAUUGGAACAUUGCCGCGUUAUGCCUGGGUGGUUACGUUGCUGGAGCCGUAAUACUGGUUCGUGUGUUUCCGCUUCGGCAAGACUCGGAGACGGAAGUUCUUAAAAAGCGUUUUCCUUACCCUGUAACGAAAAUUGCUCAUAGGGGUGGUUGUUUGAUAGGCCCAGAGAAUACCCUAUAUACUUUUAAACGAGCAAUAAUUGUGGGAAAUGCUGAUAUGUUGGAAUUGGACGUUCACCAAUCACGAGAUGGCGAAAUUGUUGUUUCUCAUGAUGCUGCUCUCUUACGGACUUGUGGGAGCUUUCAUGAAGAUGUGAAGGUGGACGAUAUUGUGGUAGCUGGGAAUCCGAACACGACUUUGCCUCAAUCACUGCGAGAAAUUCCAAUUCAUUUUGGGACUCCUCAAAGAGGCGGAUAUUAUAGAGCCAGUGACUGUGUUCCUGUGGAUAACACAACGCGCCUCUGCCUAUUGUCGGAGGUUUUUGACGCGUUUCCAGAGAUCCCGCUUCACAUAGACAUCAAAUGUGAAGGGGAGGACUUUACAAGACGCGUGCUGGAAUUAAUCGAAGCAUACGACCGGUGCGCGAAAACUGUGGUCGGGACUAGUAAUUGGCGUAAUCGGAGAAAUGUAUACGAUUACUUUGAGACAGACAAUUCCUCAGAAAGUGAGAAUCUUCAGGCAAAAAGAAAUCGGUUUCGGAUCUUUGCGGGACCUUUGGACUAUGCCAUUGUUCAUGCGGCCUAUUUCCUCGGACUGCUUCCUCUAAUCCCUUUGAAAUUUGAUGUCUUUUCGAUUCCACUUUUUACGACACACAAGCGAAAUGCGCUUGGCUCUUGCUUUACACGCUUUAUUUCUUAUUUUCUAAACGCACCUACUCUAUGGAAGCAUUUGCAGCGACGAGGUAUACUUAUUGUGGGUUGGGUGCUGAAUGAUGAUGAUGAGUUCGAGGAAGCCUCUAAGUGGCCUAUCAAUGGCAUAAUGACCGACGACCCUAUAGCUUUGGAUGCGUUUUUUAGGUCACGGAAGGUGCCAACAAUGAUGAAUAUUUUGGAUUGA